AUGGGUUGUUCUGUUAACCAUAUUUAAAUUAAUGAAAGCUAAUCUAAUUCAGAUAUUUCUUAAGAUUUAUAAGAAGUUGAAAUUUCCAUACUUUCUAUUCAUGAAGGAAUAUAAUGCUUAAAGAUUAAUAUUGAACACCAAAAAUAAAAUUAUCCAGAUGAUAUUAUAAAGAAUGAAAUCUAAGAAUAAAUUAAGUUAAAUUAGAGUUCUUAAGAAUCAGGUGUUUAAUCAGAUUCUCCAUCAAAGAAAUCAUGUUUAAAAUAAUUAAGUGGCAGUAGUUUAUCACUCUCAAAAUAUGCAACUUAAAAAAAAGUUUAGUUUAGUGUUAUUUAGUCAAAGUUUUCAUAAUAAAAGAAAUAAAAAAAACGAAAAAGAAGACCUAUUAAUCGUCCAGAAAAAUAAAUUAAUUUAGAUGAUAUAUUUUGA